GGUUUUGAAGGUUGGGAGUGUUGUAUGUGUUAUGGUCGUGAUCAUGGUGUGAAAGUUCCCUAAAUUUGGUCUGAAGAAGUGCUAGGAAGGAUAAGAGGGAUUUAGAAAGAUGCCACUUUUUGGAAACACAUUCAGUCCAAAGAAAACUCCGCCCAGAAAAUCAGCCUCGCUUUCCAACCUCCAUUUGCUGGACAGAUCUGCCCGUGAAAUUGAGCUGGGCUUAGAAUAUGGAACCCCUGUUAUGACACUUACAGGACAGAGUCUGAGGUUUGAGAAUGGCCAAUGGAUACCUGAAUCAUUUGGAAGCAGUGGGGACCGCAGGGAGACACAGCGUCUUCGCAAACGGAAUCAGCAACUGGAAGAAGAGAACAAUCUUCUUCGGCUGAAAGUGGAUCUUUUGUUGGAUAUG